UAACACAACCAAACCAUCUACCAACUUACUCGACGUGAGUUCUACGAGGAGCUACUUUGCUUUCAUCACUUGUUGGCACCUUGCACAAUCAGAAACGUUCAUAUUCGCGAUGACCUCAAUAGGCACGGGUUACGAUCUCUCAAAUUCCGUCUUUUCUCCCGAUGGUCGAAAUUUCCAGGUCGAAUAUGCUGUCAAAGCCGUCGAAAAUGGCAAUACUUGUAUCGGCAUAAGAACAAAGCAUGGUGUCGUUCUGGCUUGCGAGAAGAUAAUCACGUCGAAGCUCCUCAAACCCGGUUGCAACAAGAGGAUAUCAACGGUAGAUCGCAAUGCAGGCGUUGUAUGCUCGGGCUUAUUACCUGAUGCUCGACACCUUACAAGCAGAGCAAGAGACGAGGCCAGCAGUUGGCGGCAAACAUAUAAAGCACCGAUACCUGUCAGCGCUCUGGCAUCAAGAAUGGGAGGCUACGUCCAGGCAUACACUCUCUAUUCUAGCGUGCGGCCUUUCGGUGUCACUGCAAUCUUGGGAGGCUGGGACUCUGAAGCCGAGCUUGGUGUGGAUGGACAGGUUGGAAUGGGGCCCUCAGUCGGUGGUGGGGGAAAGUCUGAAGAGGAGGCUGCGAAAAGAGGUGGUCCAGGUCUCUACAUGAUCGAGCCCAGUGGACUGUAUUGGGGCUACUAUGGAGCUGCGACUGGCAAAGGACGGCAGGCUGCGAAAGGGGAACUCGAGAAGCUCGAGCUGGCCUCGCCAACUUGCUCUCUUACACUCAAGGAUGCUGUGAUGGAGGCUGCCCGGAUCAUCUACGUGGCCCACGAAGACUCAAAGGACAAAGAGUUCGAGCUGGAAAUGACCUGGAUCUCAAGUUUAGAUGGUCCUACCAAAGGCCGACAUCAACCUGUCCCACAAGACCUGUUUGAGGAAGCGGAGAAAGCGGCGAAGAAGAGCCUGGAAGGCGAUGAUGACGAAGAUGAGGAAGGAGGAGACGCCAUGCAAGAGUGAUUGCUUGUUUCCAAGGUCCUGUAGCAUUACCGGCGUCUGAGAGGGUUAUGGUCAUAGUGGUCAUGGUGGUCAAUAGCUUGAAGCAAAAGUGCCGUUGUCCUUCAAGAUAG